AUGAGGACAGGUGCACAUCAAACAAAACCUGUACAGCAGGACAGUCCACUGGCCUGGGUUCCAAACAUUUAUAGCAGGCUUAGUAAAGAUAUAUACCAUUACUCAGGGCAGAAAAUUGUCAUUUAUGAGUCCGUGGACACUUUUGGAGCUGUGAUGUGGCCAGCAGCCUUGCCUCUAUGCUUCUUCCUCGAUGACAACAGGCAAAGGGUGAAGCUGCAGGAGAAGGAGGUGUUGGAGCUGGGAGCAGGAACAGGACUGGUCACCAUCGUGGCCAGUCUGCUAGGAGCUUCAGUCACAGCUACAGACCUGCCCGAGGAGCUGGGAAACCUCAGUUACAAUGUGAUGAGGAACACCGGGGCGGGGCAGUGCAGUCACAUGCCCAAGAUGGAAGCUCUUGCCUGGGGCUACGACCUGGAGCACACCCAUCCUACCUCUGGAUUCAGGUACAACUAUAUUCUGGCAGCGGACGUUGUCUACCAUCACGACUUCCUGGACGAGCUUCUGGCCACUAUGAAGCAUUUCUGUCAGCCAGGAACGACUCUGAUCUGGGCCAACAAGGUCAGAUUUGAGUCUGAUAUAACUUUCAUUGACAACUUUAAAAACACCUUUUACACAAGCGUGCUGGCUGAAGAUGGAAAGAUGAGGAUCUUCAUGGCGACAUGCAGAGAGUGA